AUGACUUCGACACCGCCCUCCCCUAUCCGUACCACUAACACCGCAGCCUCCCAAAGUCCCUCGCUCAAACCCUCUGCUCCACCCGUGAACAUCCUCCCUACACAGCUCGCUCGCACUUACUCGAUCCUCCACCCGGUGCUUCUCCUGGGCAUCCUCGCCUUCCGCUUCAACACCCUAGUCGCCGACCCCGUUACCGAGCUACUGAAUACCCUCCCCUUCCUCGCCGCCCUGCAACUCAGCUAUGUGAUGAUCUGCCUGCCCCCGGCAGGGUCCGUCCUCUCCUCCAAGACCAGCGACGUCGCGACCUCGCCCACCGACGGCGAGGAAAAGAAGAAGCCGCGCGCGGGACGGCUCGGCGUCCGCCGCAAGAUGCAGCCGCAGUCCGCAAGCAUCUCCGCCAAGUUGACGCCCGCCCUCCUCUCCCUCAUCCUCACCUGUCUCCUCGCCACCCCCGUCCUCGCCGCCCUCCUCGUCCUCUUCGGCGCCCCGCUGACGACCCACCACGCCGAGACCAUCCUCUGUGCCGCGCACAUGGCGCUGCUGGCAGCCACGGCCCUCAUCUACGUGCAUGGCGUCGACGGCGCGGUCUGGAAGGAGGUCUGGGGGUUCGCGAGACCCGCGGAUGCCGUCUGGGGCGGCGCCCUGGGCACGUGUCUCGGGGCGUGGUUCGGUGCCGUGCCUAUUCCGCUGGACUGGGACCGGCCCUGGCAGGCAUUCCCGCUCACCAUUCUCACGGGCGCGUAUAUCGGGUUUGCGGUCGGGUCGGGCAUGGGCCGCGCUUCGUGGUUGUUUGGGAAACGGCUGGAGAUUAAGUCCGGGGAGGCGGAGGCGGAUGAAACCAAGAAGACGGAGUGA